CAUUGAUUUGGUAACACUGCUUCAAAAGCCUGUGACUUCUACCCAAGAGGCAGAAGGCAACUCAUUUGAGGCUCCCCAGCAGCAGACCUUUGGCCAAGCCCUAGUCUUCACAAAUUCUCAGCACAGCACCCAGAUGCCAUCAGGAACUGGCAGCUCCAGUGCUGUAAACUCUUAUUCUCCUCAAAGUCUGUCUGCAGUUCUUUGUUCUGGCUUUGGAGAACUUAGAUCUUCUAAAUUGGAGAACUCUACUGGAUCCCAAAUUUUGGACCAGUUGAAAUCUCCAAGUUUGGGUCAGUUUACCUCUCCACAAAACAAUAGUAGCUCUACCACCACUACCACAACUACCACAUCAUCCUGGGAUCUAAAGCUGCCCAUUACUCAGUCCUCAGUCCUUAGUCAGUUUGAUUUUAAAUCCCAGCCUGAACCAUCCCCAGUUCUGAGCCAGCUGACCCAGCAACAGCAACAACAAACGCAGACAGUUCCUGUUCCUCCUCCUGGGCUGGAGUCCUUCUCCCAGGUAAAACUCCAAGAGCCAUCGCCAGUAGACACCUCUACAGCUGUUAGCAAAAUGUUACAGCUCCCCACUAUAUCUAUGGAUAACCAGGCAGUGACUGCCCAUCAAACCCAGCAGAAACAGAUAAAACCACCAAAACGGAGGAUAACUCCAGCAUCCAAG